GUCGGCCCUGUACACAGCUUAAGGAUUUUAGGAAUUGAGAAAAUAAUGGAGCCCUCCAACAUGGCACCAGAGAACUUGGAAAAGGAUCCAAGAACUUCACAACCCAUGGCUAGUGGUGCUCAAACUUCUUAUAAUGGAUAUAGUUGGAAGAAAUAUGGACAAAAGCAAUUUAAAAGAAAUGAGUACACACCAAGUUAUUACAAAUGCACACACCUCAGUUGUCCAAUGGAAAAGAAGGUUAGGCGGUCAUUUGAUGACAGAUAA